CUUCAGACCCUAUCACAGGCUCAGCAGAAAGGUCUCCGCUGGAAAUCUGUGACUUUUUAUUCCUUUUUAUUCUGCCCCCCGCCACCGCUGCCCCCCAAGGGGUGGUCACUUCACGUUGUCUCCGGCUUUUGCAUCUGGGAAGACCGACUGUCCAGGGAGAAGGCCCGUCUGCCAAAGCAGAUGUGCCUCGCUUCAUACCCAGGCUGUAUUCCCGAAAACUCGAUUAUGACCUGGAUUUAAGUAUAUGGAAUCAUAUUUUGAAUGUACCGGAAGGAUUUUCUGUUCAAGGGAACCCGGCACUGGAUCCUUGUGUAAAGUGAAGAACUGUUUUGUAAUGCGGAGCCUCACUCAGUGAUUUAUGAGUUCAGCUCCAGUUCCAACACCAUCUUCUGAGCUGACCUCCGUUCCCAGGAUGCCCUUGGUGCUGCUCCUGCUGCUGCCCAUCUUGAGUUCUGCAAAAGCUCAGGUUAAUCCAGCCAUAUGCCGCUAUCCUCUGGGAAUGUCAGGAGGCCACAUUCCAGAUGAGGACAUCACAGCUUCCAGUCAGUGGUCAGAAUCCACAGCUGCCAAAUAUGGAAGGCUGGAUUCAGAAGAAGGAGAUGGAGCCUGGUGCCCUGAGGUUCCAGUGGAGCCCGAUGACCUGAAGGAGUUCCUACAGAUUGACUUGCACACCCUGCACUUUAUCACUCUGGUGGGGACCCAAGGGCGCCAUGCUGGGGGCCAUGGCAUUGAGUUUGCCCCCAUGUACAAGAUCACUUACAGUCGGGAUGGCACUCGUUGGAUCUCUUGGCGGAAUCGGCAUGGGAAACAGGUGCUGGAUGGGAAUAGUAACCCCUAUGACAUUUUCCUAAAGGACUUGGAACCACCCAUCGUGGCCAGAUUUGUCCGCUUCAUUCCAGUCACUGACCACUCCAUGAAUGUGUGCAUGCGGGUGGAGCUUUAUGGCUGUGUCUGGCUAGAUGGCUUGGUGUCUUACAAUGCUCCAGCCGGACAGCAGUUUGUACUCCCUGGAGGCUCCAUCAUUUACUUGAAUGAUUCCGUCUAUGAUGGAGCUGUUGGGUACAGCAUGACUGAAGGGUUGGGCCAGCUGACAGAUGGGGUGUCUGGCCUGGACGACUUCACUCAGACCCACGAAUACCAUGUGUGGCCGGGCUAUGACUACGUGGGCUGGAGGAAUGAAAGUGCCCCCAGUGGUUACAUCGAGAUCAUGUUUGAAUUUGACCGCAUCAGGAAUUUCACGACCAUGAAGGUCCACUGCAACAACAUGUUUGCCAAAGGUGUGAAGAUUUUUAAGGAGGUGCAGUGCUACUUCCGCUCGGAGGCCAACGAGUGGGAACCGAACUCCGUGUCCUUCCCCCUCGUCCUGGACGACGUCAACCCCAGUGCUCGGUUCGUCACGGUGCCCCUCCACCACCGCAUGGCCAGCGCCAUCAAGUGCCAAUACCACUUUGCUGAUACCUGGAUGAUGUUCAGUGAGAUCACCUUCCAAUCAGAUGCUGCAAUGUACAACAACUCUGGGGCCCUGCCCACCUCACCUGUGGUGCCCACAACCUAUGAUCCAAUGCUUAAAGUCGAUGACAGCAAUACCCGGAUCCUGAUUGGCUGCUUGGUGGCCAUCAUCUUCAUCCUCCUGGCCAUCAUUGUCAUCAUCCUCUGGAGACAGUUCUGGCAGAAAAUGCUGGAGAAGGCUUCCCGGAGGAUGCUGGAUGAUGAAAUGACAGUCAGCCUUUCCCUGCCCAGUGAGUCCAGCAUGUUCAACAACAACCGCUCCUCAUCGCCAAGUGAGCAGGAGUCCAAUUCCACUUAUGAUCGCAUCUUUCCCCUUCGCCCUGACUACCAGGAGCCAUCGAGGCUGAUACGAAAACUCCCAGAGUUUGCUCCAGGGGAGGAAGAGUCAGGCUGCAGUGGCGUUGUGAAGCCGGCCCAGACCGGCGGGCCCGAGGGAGCACCCCACUACGCAGAGGCUGACAUUGUGAACCUGCAGGGGGUGACCGGAGGCAACACCUACUCAGUGCCUGCUGUUACCAUGGACCUGCUUUCAGGGAAAGAUGUGGCUGUGGAAGAAUUCCCCAGGAAACUCCUAACGUUCAAGGAGAAGCUGGGAGAAGGCCAGUUCGGGGAGGUUCAUCUCUGUGAAGUGGAGGGGAUGGAAAAAUUCAAAGACAAAGAUUUUGCCCUAGAUGUCAGUGCCAACCAGCCUGUCCUGGUGGCCGUGAAAAUGCUCCGAGCAGAUGCCAACAAGAAUGCCAGGAAUGAUUUUCUUAAGGAGAUAAAGAUCAUGUCCCGGCUCAAGGACCCAAACAUCAUCCGCCUCUUAGCCGUGUGCAUCACCGACGACCCGCUUUGCAUGAUCACUGAGUACAUGGAGAAUGGAGAUCUCAAUCAGUUUCUUUCCCGCCACGAACCCCCCAGUUCUGCCUCCAGCAACGCACCCACUGUCAGUUAUGCCAACCUGAAGUUUAUGGCUACCCAGAUUGCCUCUGGCAUGAAGUACCUUUCCUCCCUUAAUUUUGUCCAUCGAGAUCUGGCCACACGAAACUGCUUAGUGGGUAAGAACUAUACCAUCAAGAUAGCUGACUUUGGAAUGAGCAGAAACCUGUACAGUGGUGACUACUACCGGAUCCAGGGCCGGGCAGUGCUCCCCAUCCGCUGGAUGUCUUGGGAGAGCAUCUUGCUGGGCAAAUUCACGACAGCGAGCGACGUGUGGGCCUUUGGGGUGACUCUGUGGGAGACAUUCACCUUUUGCCAGGAGCAGCCCUAUUCCCAGCUGUCAGAUGAGCAGGUCAUCGAGAAUACUGGAGAGUUCUUCCGAGACCAAGGGAGGCAGACUUACCUCCCCCAGCCUGCCAUUUGCCCUGACUCUGUGUAUAAGCUGAUGCUCAGCUGCUGGAGAAGAGACACCAAGCACCGUCCUUCGUUCCAGGAAAUCCACCUUCUGCUCCUUCAACAAGGGGACGAGUGAUGCUUUCACUGCCUGGCGACAUUCCAAUGGCCCAGGUCCUUCUCAUGAGACCUACCACUCACCCACGCCUAAGCCACUCCAUCUGGACAUUGAAUGGGCCUGGGAGACGGAGGCUUGUUGGCUUCUCUCUCUCUGUCCCUGGCCUCCCUUCACUCCACUCCCUCACUCUCUAUUCCCGACCCAUAUAUACUCUUUUUUUUUACAUUAAAGAACUAAAAAAAGAAAAAAAAAAAGCCUAGGGCAGAUAAAAUCUAGUAAAGAAAUCUUACUUAACAUACCAAAGUGUUGGAUAGCAGGCUAGACAAUUUAGAUAAUUUAUAAAGGUUAAAUAUGCUAUGUUUAUAAAUGUGCAGAUGCUACAAUAUUUUUCCCAUGUCACCUUUUAAAAUGUAUUUUCAGAACGAAAAACUUGAAGAAUACUAAUGUCUUAGGAAACAUGAGAUGAGGCUUAGGGAAAACACUCGGUAAGUGUGGAGAAUCGGAUGCAAUGGUUGGUAUUCAGCAACUGAUCAUAGAUUUCUUGGUUUCCUAAUUUGACCCUCUGGACAUGUCCUACCCUCUGUGUUUCCCUCUCCUGUCAAAGCAGAUGAUACAUGCUUGAGAAACUCCCGCUUCUUGGAGCGGGUGUUUGUUCAUUUGUGGGCAGGGGUCAAGGGUAAGGUCGAUAUGGUCUAUAUGUGUAGGCAACACAGAGGACGUGCGUAGGAGAGAAUGUCUACUGCAAGGCUGUAUGAAGGGGAAUUGUCACUUGCCAAAAAAGAAUCUCGUGCACGGAAGGAUUCUUGAACAGAGAAUGGAUAUAGGAAACGAGGUCUGUGGAGGACAGGUAACAGGUGUGCUAGUCACCUGUGAUUUCUGCAGAGGGUCCUCUUCUUGUUCAGAUGUUAUCAGGUGUGUGUUUCAGUGAGAGCCUGGUUUUGAAUCAGUAAAGACUGGUGUUUUGAUGUCUGGAUCACAGGCCCUUUAAUUCAUCUUCUCUAAGUGGAUACAUCCCCUAGGGAACCCAUGUCUGAAGGCUGUGUGUAAUAGGGAGUAGAUCUGCGCAUUUCCAGAAUGUUGACCAAUGAGGGCCAGUGAGGGAAAGUUACAAGCAGAUAGAUUUCUACUCCUUAUUAGAGAAAGCCUAACCAGCAGAACACACAGGGUGAAUGGGCCACCUCCAGAGGGUGGGGGGUGGGGGGGGGAGUCCUUUGUCACUGAAGAGCUUCAGAUGUAGGCUGAAGAAUAGGCAAGAGAGAUGUAGGCUUUCAAACACAAGGUAAAUGGUUGUGUGAGAUGAUAUUUAAUGUCCUUUUAACCCUAAGAGUCCUUGAUUUCAGGGAGACACAGGGUGAGCACGAAAGAGAAGUCAUUUGCUGCUCCUGCUUCAUACACACUCUGGCCUCAGAGAUGGUGCGGCCAGCAGAAGAGAAAUCGGGACGGUCUGGGUUCAGAAUUCAUGGAGACUGAUACACUGUCAAAUGAGUCCCCUCAGAAUGGACUGUGAGCUCCACAAGGGCUCAGAUUUAGUGAGAAGCAGGAAAGGGGGCCUCUCAAGUUUUUCUGUAAGAAAAACUUACAGAAUAAACUUCCCAAGCUCAGAAGAAAUAGUCUUGAUUCCUUGGGUCUGUUUCUGGAGCCCUCACCUGGUCCCCCUUGUGCACAGUCGCUCAGGGACUUGACUGUUCUUCCUUGUUCAGCCUUCAGCAUUGCUCCAGGCUGCAGCAGAAGCAAAGUUCCCAAAUCCCCCAGAUGGUCUUCUGACCCUAGUGAAUACCUGCCCCCAGUGAAUACCUGCCCCCAUCGCUGUCCUUUGACUCUGGGUUCCAGUCUCUCCCAGGACUAAUUUUAUGGAGAUUGUAGGUUUGGGAGUCAGGAGAGCGUUGGUUUGGGAUCUUUGGUCCUACUUCUGCCCCAAGCCAAGUGUGUCACCUUGGACAAGUCACUUUACCUUUCUGGACUUCCUGUUUCCCUCUCUGUAGAAUGAGGACUUUGGAUUAGAUGGUCUUGAAGCCUCUCCCAGUCCUGAUAUGUGCAGGGUGGGUUGGAUAAUCGACAGUUGAUACGGAUUGCCUUAUCUGGUCCUCUCCUGCUCUGAAAAUCGUGGUCAGCACAAGGAAUCAUGCAGGGAACUCACUAUAAUGGUAACAGACACAGCUGCCACGGGUACAGUGCUUUGAAGUGUUACCAGGCAUUUCCACAGACAUAUCUCAGUUCAUAUGUGCAGGGCCAGACACGUUCUUAUCCCCUAUCCUCUGCCUUCAAGACCAGGGUUAACUUCAUGUAUUAGAGAGUUACCUAGAGAAACAGAACCAAUAGGAUACAUAUACAUAGAUAUAUAUAAUUUAUUAUAAGGGAUUGGCCCACAUGAUUAUGGACUUUCAAGGUCUCACCAUCUGCCUCCCGCAAGCUGCAGACCCAGGAAAGUUUUGAGAAACAGAGGGCAGGAGAAGACUGACAUUCCAGCUCAGCAGUCAGGCAGAGAGCGCAAAUUCCCCCCUCCGCAGUCUUUUUCAUCUAUUCCCCCACCCCUCUCAGUGGAUGUGAUGAGCCCCCGCCCGGGGAGAGGGCAAUGCGCUUCACUCAAUGCACCCGUUCAAAUGCUAAUGUCAUCUGGAAACACCCUCACAGAAACACCCAGAAGUAGUGUUUUAUCCGGGCACUCCCUGCCUAAUCACCUCACUUCAGUAGAAUCAAAGGGCCUUGAAAUCAGGGCAGACAGCCUAUCCUCCUUCAUCCUCAUGCCUCUGGGAGGGCUCCCUGCAGACCGUGCCCCACAAUUUCUUGUGUGGCGAGAGAAUACAUCAUAUCCCCGUCUUCGCCUCAUCUCGCCCCUUCUUUCUUCUUACCUUUCUGCCUCAAUUCACUGCGUUCCAUGGUCCCAUAUUAAAAAAAAAAAAAAUACUGAAAAUCAACUUAGUGUGUCUGGAUUUCCCUGGCCUUGAGUCACAGAGUGAUCUGUUUCAAGUGGCUGGCAAGCAUGCGUUCUCCCGUACAGUGACCCUGUCUCGGGAGGAGGACACUCAUUGUCCGGCACCGAGACUCUUUGAUCACAGGCCCAGGUCUAGGGUCUAGCCCUGUGGUCGGACCCAAAGAGCCUCGCUGCACAGACCCAACAGACCCAACAGAGGACGUGGUGAAGGCUUAGUAUGUCGAAUUUAAAAGCAGCUCCAACCUCGAUGACAAGAAUGUAGCUGGGAAUUUUUAGAAAUGUACAUAGGAAAAGGGACAGCCAACCAGGGGCCUUUGUUACGUGUGUAGUGAGUUGUCCUCUUGAUGACAUACAUGAAAUAGUUUAUGUCCAGAUUGUGUUUGUGGAUUUAAAUUUAUACUUUUGCCAGUGAAUGGGCUGACAAGUAGGUCCACAUCUUGAUGUGCCGUCCAGACACAUAUGCAAUCAGAUGAGAUCUGAAGUGGGAAGAGGCACCAGGGAGAGAAUGUGGUUUUUGUGCCGUGGAAAGGUCACUUACAAGUGCACGAGACAAUGUAACAAAGAGCAUUGUAUGGAAGUGGAGUCAAAAGUGAAGCAGUGAAUGUGCACGUGGCUGAGUGGGGGAGGCGGGUGGGAACCAGAGAGAAGGCGACACAGAAAGAGCUAAGGGAGGGUAUGCAGGGAAGGAUGCAGGGCGGGGCAGGGCGGCAAGGUAGAAACAGGUGGCGCAGGUGAGAACCCGUGCUGAAGCAUGAAAAGAGGUCCGAGAGAGGGCAGGAAAAGCAAGUGUCUUGAAGAUAAAAAGGAUAGCUGUGUAUAGAGAAAGAAAUUCUGAAUGAUAGAGAUUAUAAAAGUAUUUAUUGAAAAAUGAAAAGGCAGGUGCGACGUAUGAAAAGGAGGGGAGCUUUUCAGAGUUUUCAGAAAGGGCAAGUCCUGACAGAAACACAUAAGCAGCCAUCAGGGAAGGGUCUUCGCGGUUCCGAGGAGGUGGGGGAGGGGGCCCUUAGAGCAUCAGUGGCUUCUGCACCCCUGCAGGUGCUGGGGAUCCCCGUGGCGGGAAGAAACCAACCCUUUGCCUGAACUAGACUGGUUCCCGAGUGCCACUUUGGAAAUGAAGACCUAGAGAUAGGGAAUUUAUGGCAUUUCAUGGGUCUCUUUCCCCCUUCUCUUGUUUCUGUUAACCAUAUCCCCUUUAAAUAAUGCCCAUCACUGCUGUGCCCAGAAAGGCCACAGGGAAACAUUGAAACAAUGGGCUGAAAUUAGACAAGACUGGGUCUUGUUUGAUAUCUACGCAAAGAGGUAUGUGCCACGUUGGAACCAUGUGUUUUUCUAGUCCCAUCCAGACUUCCCACAAGAAAGCCAUGAUGUGGGGCUAAGCCAUGUGUUUUGAGUAAAGGGGAACAGAAGAAGGGGAGUGUCUGCAAGAGGGAGAGAUGAAGAUGUUCCAAGGAAAUAUUCUAAAACAGAACAGCAUCUGUUUUUCCCAAAACUGAAAAAAAAAUGAAGAAACUUAUAGUUAGGGCUUAGAUUACUCCAACAUAAGUCUUUGAUCCGAACUUGAAUUUAUCUUUAUGUACCUGCCAUCUUGGUCUCUUCAGUAAGACCCCUGACUUCUCGCAGGGCAUAUGGUAGGUCCCAAAAUAUUUCUGGAAUUUGCAGAUCCUGAUCUAUGCUGGGAAAUCCUUCUGAAUUGAAAUUUAACAUUUUUAUAGAAACAGAUGAAUGUCUUUUCCACUUGGUAAAUGUCUUGGAAUGCUGAAUCAAGACAGAAAGAGACUAGAAUGGUUAACGGUGAUUGGAUUUUUGGCAUUUUGAGUUCUCUGGCACAAUUAGCUGCAUUGCUUGGUGGCAGACAAGUGGUGGGUAAUUAUUUACUUGCUGUAUCUUAAAAAACAAAACAAAACAACUUGUUGUUUUGAAAUACUUUUAAGACUCGUAAGAAGAUGGGAAAAUAGUAGAGCAACCCUACCCUAACACCAGGCUUUCCCCAUUGAUAACAUCUUCCAUAGCCAUUGUCUAUUUUCAAGCCCAGAAGGUUGACAUUCGUAAUACUCUUAACUAAACUACAGACCUUACUCAGAUUUCACCAGUUUUUUUUUUACAUGUACUUAUUUAGUUUCUGGAUACUUCAUCCCUUUCUAAUUUGUAACCCGGCCUUGCUUGGAUGCAGCAGGAAAAACACUAUCUGGAUAUAAUUCUACAAAAUUCUAAAGAGAAUAUCACACAUUAAUCUGUUCCUUUAUCAAUGAGCAAUAUCCUGCCUAGACUGCUUCCACAUUUUCUGACUAGUUUGGCUCUUUAGCAUCUGGAACAAUCCGAGAACAACUUAGAAGGAUUUGGAAACACGGAGACAGUGAGACCUGCAUGGAGCUUGCUGGCUAGAGAAUCAGGUGUGGGGCAUUCUGGAUGGUCCCCGCAGUUCCUCUAAGUGAGUAGGGUUUGUAAUGGUGGCAGUCGGGGGACUUCGGGUAAACCAGUAUUUUGGGCAAGAGCUGGGUGGCCCUUAGUUAACGGCGCCAGGGCUGGCUUGUGGAAGGAAUAGGGUACAAUGGCAAAGAGUCCUCUAGUGUGUGAUGAAACACAAAGUUCAGAAUGGUAGAGACAUUUCAUUUGCCAAAAUAUCAAUUCUUAAGUGGAAUAACAGCUACAUUGGACCAAAUUAACUGUAAACACAGAAAUAACCUGGGGUGGGGGGGAAUUGAAACAACUGUGAGUUUUGUGAUGGCAUCUUUCACCUGCCCUAUUUGUGGGUCGCAAGAUGAUUCCUGUGUUCACACUACCUACCGCAUGUCCUGUCAAGUUCCAAGCACAUGGCAAGCACUCAAUAAAUAUUUGCUGAGUAUUGUUUUUGGAAUGAAUAAAAGGCAGAAACCGAAACUUGUCAUCCAACAUAACUGCGGUGAAUUUAGGUAGAACUGCUUUGCUAUAAUGCAGAGGGUUUAUUUUCAAACGAAGAAAGAGAGAAGAGUGCCCAGACUCGUACCUGGUGAAGUACAUUCUCCAUUUGUAUAUUUUCUAAGGAUGAAAUGGAUCUAUGGAGAUACCUCAUUCUUUGGGGUAGUUAGACAGCAGUGCAAGGCAGUUCUCUACAAGAUACCCCAUCAAGAGCAGGGAGGGACUCUGGCCCCAAGCCCAGCCUCUUUGAAACAAGCUUUCUGGUUUCUCCGGCAGAUGCCUGUCAAGAACCUCUAAAGGAGAAGGAUCAAAGUCCCCAGCUAGCCUGUGCUUACCCGUAUUCACAAAAGCAUAUGAGGGAAGAAUUUGCAGAGACCCAAGGGAAAGCACAAUGCGAUAAGGCAAUCACCUGUUUUCUUGAAAAGAGGCUUAGAAAUAGUUGGAAUUGGGUAGGAUUCCUGUAAACACACCCAAGAGUUUGUAACCUAGCCUAUUCACUUUAUGUCCCUUACUACUCAUGAUAUCCUGUUCUUCUACCCUGUUGUCUGCUAACUUUUUCUGAGGAUUGAGUUUCUGAACCAACAAGGCUCACUCUUCCUAUGAGGAGGGAAUAUCUGGGCCUCGUUUUGUAGGCUUUGGAGGAUGAUGUGUCUUGUCAAGGGGUAAAGAGCAAACCAAUUGAUCUCUGCUUAAAACUAUCAUAGUCAUUCCAAAAUAGAAUACAUAAAAGUUCUCUGUAUUAGAAAAAGAAACAAGAUACCAAUUGUAUAUUUUCUUUUCUUUAUUUAUUCUCUGUAAGUCUGUCAGAUGAUAAAUUGUAAAUAACAAUGAUUAAAGAAAUAUGCUACUGAUGGAUCCUUCU